GGCUGGGUGGAAGCAAAAGCCGAGAUGUCACAGCAGGCUGGGGGUCUACUGUCCCCUCCCCAAAAGGCCUGCACUGGAAGCUUCCUUGUGGUGGAAGGAUCCAGUUCAGGGGAGGGGCCACAGCAGGGCCUCCAUCAGGGUAGCCCCUAUGGGGGAUUUUGCCAGCUUCCCCUGGUCCUGAGGCCCCCACUCCAAGAAGGAGGCUUGUGGGGCCUGAGGACAGGAUCCCUGCACCUCAGUGUGUCUGUGCCUCAGUCAUGAUGGAACUCCCUGCCUGCCCUUCCUCCCAGCAUAGACCGUGACUAAAUCUGGGGCUUGGGAAGGCCCCACCCACCCCUCCCUGAAGUGAAGGCCCCUGGAGCUCAGGGUCAGGGCCCCAAGGGGUGAAUGGAGCUCAGUUCCAGGUGGGAGAAUGGCCGGUGGCCGGCCGAGCCUCCGGGCCAUGGGCAGGCAGGCAGAUUCUCAGGCUCCCAUCCCCAGCCAGCCCAGUCUCUUCCCAAGGGAGCUGAGAGGGUGGGGACAACUCCCGGGGCGGGGAAGGCCCAGGAGGUCCCAGAUACCCCUUGUUCCCACAUGGCCCCAGACACCCUAUUUCUGGACGAGCACUCUGUGGCCAGCUGCUGAGCUUGACUAUGCCAUCUACCUGGCCAAGAAGAAUAUCCGAAAGCAGGGGGCCCUGGUCGACCAUGAGAAGGAGCACUAUGACCAGCUGCACAGGAAGAUCAACCACACGUGGGACCUGGUGGUGAUGCAGGCGAGAGAACAGCUGCGGGCUGCUAAGCAGCGCAGGAAGGGGGACAGACUGGUCAUUGCGUGCCAGGAGCAGACGUACUGGCUGGUGAACAGGCCCCCGCCUGGGGUGCCCAGUGUGCUGGAGCAGGGUCCAGAGCGGGGCUCCUGCAUGGCCAGGCGAGUGCAGAUGAACACGGAUUUCUACAAGCAGGAGAUCGAGUGCUGCACCAAGGCCCUGGGCAGGAUCCGGGUGAAGUCCUCUGUCUGCCUGGAGGCGUACCUGAAGUUCAGCAGUCAGCACGGCCCGCAUGACCCCAUCAUGUCGGGGUGCCUGCCCAGCAACCCCUGGAUCACAGAUGACGAUACCUACUGGGCCAUGAACGCACCCAAUGUGGCUGUACCCACGAAGCUCCGCGUGGAGCGAUGGGGCUUCAGCUUCCGGGAACUCCUGGAAGACCCUGUGGGCCGGGCCCAUUUCAUGGACUUUCUCAGGAAAGAGUUCAGCGCCGAGAACCUCAGCUUCUGGGAGGCGUGUGAGGAGCUGCGCCAUGGAGGGCAGGCCCAGAUCCCCGCCCUGGUGGACUCCGUGUACCAGCAGUUCUUGGCCCCUGGCGCUGUCCGCUGGGUCAACAUCGACAGCCAGACGAUGGAGCAGACCCUGGAGGGCCUGCGCCAGCCCCACCGCUACGUGCUGGACGAUGCCCAGCUGCACAUCUACAUGCUGAUGAAGAAGGACUCCUACCCGAGGUUCCUGAAGUCGGACACGUACAAAGGCUUGUUGGCGGAGGCCAUGAUACUCCCGGAGACAAAGCGACGAGUGUUCCCAUUCAUGUGGAAGCCACGGCAUUCGAGCCUGAGCCCUGCUCUCCCUCCUGCUUCUGCUUCAGUGGAACCUGCAGCUACUGCAGGUGGCCCUGGGGGUGCUGAUGGGGAGGCCUAGGUAGGCCUGAGCCUAGAGGAGGUUCCACCCCUCGCCUCUCACCAUCCUCUUCUCACCCAGGUCCUGGCAGCUGCCGAGACCCCUAGCGUGGGCAUCCCCUAGUGCACAAAGGGUGUGGCCUUGCUGUGGGGCACACAAAUCAGACUUCCCAGAAGGGAUUGGGCCCAGUGCUGACUCCCAGGGAGGGGGUUCAUUGGCCGAGCUUGGGUCACCUGGAGAAAGGUGGGAUGAGAUGGGCAAACCAGAGCAAGGCCAUGCUCCUGGCAUGCGGCAGUCUUCGGCUCCUGGUGCCCACCCCCCAUCUCCAGACCACUACAUUAGCAGGCAAGUACCUGGGAGCCAGAGGUAGCCAGCAGGAGCACCUGUCACAUGGUGAGGAAAUGCAGGCUUCGAAGCUAACUUACCCACUCCACUUCCUCAGGGUGACCCCAUGGGGACUCUGCAGAGCUCCCUGGAUUUCACUGGGGCUGAGCUCAGCUUUCCAAUGAGUACAGAGCUGCCUCCACAGGUACUGCCCCGUCACUGCCACUGUGCAUGUCCCAGGCCUGUCCGAAGGUGCGCCUCCGUUGUGAAGGGCACCGCUCCUUUGGGGGUACAGCUCUGACGGGCUCAGCUGAGGCAGCGCCCCACCCCACAGAGCUAGGGCUCCUGCCCAUUCCUGGCACAGAAAUAAAAGACCCUCGGCCCAGGUAGCUAGUUGGUUAGUGUUGUCCUGAUACACCAAGGUCGCAGGUCAGGGCACAUCUAAGAAUGAACCAAUGGAUACAUAAGUAAGUGGAACAACAAGCUGAUGUUUCUAAAAUCAAUAAAGA